AUGGCGUCUAGGCGAAUACCUUUAGAUGAAGUUAUUCAAAUGUUUGCAAAUGAUGAUUUUGGAGACGAAAUCGAGGACAUUCUCUCAGAUGAAAGCGAAGCUGAACUGUCUGAGCAUUAUGACAGCGAUUCUGGCAGUGAAAUAUCAAAUAAUUCAUUUGAAUUAGCAGAAUUGGACAUUGAUAUCGAACCAGAUGAUGAUCUACAAUCGGCUGAUGAUGACAAUCAGCAAAAUGGAACUCCUGCAAGAGGCAGAGCUCAACAGGGAAGAAGAGGAGGGGGAAGAAAACGAGCACACAGUAGAAGGCAACCAGCACAACAACAGCAAAACUUUGUUUGGGGUCAGAACUAUCAUGCCCCAGCUGCUAGGCCUUUUGUUGAACAAUAUCCUGGCCCUACACAGCGCUAUCCCAUUGAUUUACAGCCUGGAAUAUUUUUUGAUCAAUUUUUUAGUGAUGAUAUAUGGAAUAUUAUUGUUUGUGAAACGAAUAAGUACUAUGAACAGCAGCAUACUGCUCAACCAAACCAGCACCGAACGAAAUGGACUCCUGUAAAUGAGGAUGAAAUGAAAGCCUUUGUUGGAAUAAUCAUUUUCAUGGGUAUUGUGAAGUUACCAAGAAUUCUGAUGUAUUGGAGCAGUGAUGUACUUCUUCACCAAGCACCGGUAAGCAGUUUGAUCUCACAAACAAGAUUUCGACAAAUAUGGAGAUAUUUCCAUCUAGCAGACAACUCCACAGCCUUACCCAGAGAUCAUGCAGAUUUUGACAAGAUUUAUAGAGUAAGACAAUACCUUGAUCUUAUAAAAGAAAAGUCUCAAGCCCUUUAUAGACUAUCAUGUGCUUUGUCUAUUGACGAAACCAUGGUUCCACACAAARGUAGACUAAGCUAUAAGCAGUAUAUAAAAAAUAAACCUGUGAAAUGRGGGAUAAAGCUGUGGGUUCUUUGUGAAGCAACUACUGGGUAUGUGCACAAUUUUCAAGUUUACCUUGGCAAGGAAGGUAAUGCAGCUGAGAAAAACCUUGCCCGUAGAGUUGUCCAUGAUCUCACCCAGCAACUCCACAACAUGUACCAUCAGAUAUACAUGGACAACUUCUACUCAGAUCCAGAGCUGUUUCUCCAGCUGGAAGGCAACAAAAUCCUUGCUUGUGGCACAGUCAGACAAAACAGGAAAAACUUUCCCAAGGAAAUUGUACUGUCAAAACAAAUGGAAAAGAACAUGGACCGUGGAGACUACUUGUGGCGAUGUCAUGGUAACCUUGUUGCCAUGGCAUGGUAUGACCGACRACCGGUAUAUCUCAUUUCAACAAUCCAUCCCCCUACAAGCAUUCCUCCCGCAACUGUGCAAAGAAGCAGCAGGAGGGGACCUAGAGAGGCAAUAAAUUGUCCAYCAGCACAAGUUGACUACCAAAAGUAUAUGGGUGGUGUUGACUUGGCGGACCAAAUUACGACCACCUUUUCUGUGGUCAGAAAAUYACGCAAAGCAUGGAAAAAACUCUUCUACUAUGGAUUAGAAGUUAGUCUGCUCAACUCAUACACAAUCUACAAACAGACUACUGAGAAACCAGUAGAAUUUUUGCAGUACCGUCUAGCAAUUGUGCGCCAUCUCACUAAUGGCWAAUGUUUUCGUGAAAGGAUAGGCAGACCCCCCAAAAGACCGCUGACUGACAUGGAUGCCACAAGACUCAAUGGMCUAUAUCACUCUAUAGACAUAGAUGAAGCAAGACGCAAUUGUGUGGUCUGUACAAAACAUGUCACCAUAAAUAACCUAAGCCGAACUCAGAUAAACAAGACCAACACUGUUUGUGUUACAUGUGACCGAAGACACCUGURUGCCCAUGGAAAUAGAAACUGUUGGGAAAAAUGGCACAAGCAGUUAGAGUACUGGCACCAAUAA